GCUGCUUGGAUCGUGGAUUCGUGCCAUGGUCGCUUCUUCUGCUCCCUUGACCAUUACAUAGGUUGUCCUCCAUCCCUGACUGAGUCAAUGGCGCAGCGCAGCUAUGGCCCCGGCUACCAGGGUGGUCGCCAGGGUCGGCCAGCGGAUACCCCGGGGGCAGGCCCCGGCCUGGCUGCACGGCCCGACAGGGUGGCGGUGCUGCGCCAGCACAUUGUGCGCCUGGCGGACAAGGCCCCCGGCUCACAGCACCUCCCUGAGGCCGAGGAGCAGCUGGAGCUGCUCUCCCAGGCGCUCAAGCGCGACCUCGUGGCGUACGAGGACCAGAUCCUGCAGAUCACGCUGGAGUGCACCUGGGAGCUGCCCCACAAGCUGCCCUACUACGCUGCCCUCCUGGGCCUGCUCAACGUGGCCGACUACAACUUUGUGCAGCGCGCCGUGGAGGCCGUGCACGCCGCGCUGCAGGCCGGCCUGGCGCGCGGGGACCCCCUCACCAUUCGCCUCGGCCUGCGCAUCCUCGCCACUCUGGCGGGCACCCUGGUGGCGUCCCCCGCGGGCGUGCUGCGGCUGUUCCAGGCGCUGGUCACGGAUGCGGUGGCGGCGCUGGACGCUGCGCCCGCGUGGCAGGCGCGCGGGGACUGGUACGUCUACGCCGUGCUUGGGGCCCUGCCCUGGGGGGGCAAGGAGCUGCAGCGGGGCGCCCCCGCUGCGCUGGCGGAGCUGCUGGACCUGGCGGCCACCUACUGCCAGCACCGCGACCACCUCGCCCUGCCCGCCCUCCACGCGCAGCACACCCUCCCCGACGGCACCCCCGCGCCCGACGCCCCGGAUUAUGUGGAGGCGCUGCAGGCGGCCGUGGCAGCCCUGGCACAGGACGCCACCUGGACCGUCAAGAGCACCCC